UGCCUUCACAUGAGCGCGGCAGCAAAGGUCAAAGGUUGACCACCCUCUGAAGAGGUCUUCGUCUCCGGUCGUACGGCACCGCCUGAGUUCCAGCUCGCGGCGGUCGCGGUUGUUGCAGAGCGUUCUCUGAUUACGCUGGUUGAAGUUUGGAGUGAUCUCUUUGCAGUUUCUCCGGUUUGGAUUUCUCGGCUGUGGUCGCAGUGAUAUAGUAGAGUCGGUGAUUGAUUGUACGAUGCAAUCAGGACUUGAUAUCAAUCAUCUGGCUAGAGAAGCUCAAACCAGGUGGCUAAAACCCAUUGAAGUGUAUUUUAUACUAAAGAAUCAUGAGGAGCACCAACUUAUGCAACAAAUCCCUCAAAAACCAACUAGUGGUUCUUUGUAUCUGUUCAACAAGCGAGUUCUAAAAUUUUUUCGUAAAGAUGGUCAUAAAUGGCGUAGAAGGAAGGACCAGAGAACUAUUGCUGAAGCUCAUGAACGUUUGAAAGUCGGGAGUGCUGAAGCCUUAAAUUGUUAUUAUGCGCAUGGAGAGGAGAACCCUAGCUUUCAGAGGCGCAGCUACUGGAUGCUGGAUCCGGCAUUUGAGCACAUUGUUCUUGUUCACUACAGAGAUGUUAGUGAGGGAAGGCAGAAUGCUAGGUCAACAUCUGUAUUCUCUCCAGCUAUUAUUAGUCCUAGUCCUAGCUCCUACACACACCAGCCAGAAUCCUCAUUUGUCAUUGGUGAAUUACAUCACAAUGAAUUGAGUCCCGACUCCGUGGAGAUUAACUCUGGUGAAAUCAACAACAAUUUUCGGCCAACUCCAGUGGUGAACAGUUUAUCAUCUCCUGAUUUAAACCAGGCCUUGCAAAAAAUUAAGCAUCAGUUAAGUUUAAAUGACGACGAGGUGAAAGAUAUUGGCUCAUUCAACCAUCAAGCUGGGGAUUCAAAUGAUUUAGAUGUACUGCAUGAUUAUGAAUUGUCUGGUCAACUUUCAAAUGACUCGGACAUUCUUCUUUUUCAACAACACCCAGGUGUCAGGAUUGAACAACAAAAUCACUUAUCUGGUGUUGAAGUUGAUAUUUGGAGUGAGAUGCUAGAUGGCUCCAAAAGUUUGCCAAGUGUCGAGUCACAUGCGCAGCAGGGCCACCAAUAUGCUUCUUCCCUGGAUUUUCUGCAAGAAGAUGCUUCUAUCGGAUAUCCUACAUAUUCUCCUCCUGUAUUGAAUCCUUAUGGGAUCAUCCCAGACAACUAUUCAUCAAUAUUUAACCAAAAUGAGCUGGAAAUGCCACUUGAAGGCAAUAUAAGCUUGACCACUGCCACAAAGCAAAAGUUUACAAUACGAGAGAUAUCUCCAGAUUGGUGCUACUCGGAAGGUGCAAAGAUUGUUAUUAUCGGAUCUUUUCUCUGUGAUGCAUCUGCGAGUACUUGGGCAUGUAUGUUUGGUGGCAUUGAAGUUCCUAUUCAGAUCAUUCAAGAAGGUGUCCUUUGUUGCAAUGCUCCCCCUCUCUUGCCAGGAAAGGUCACACUUUGCAUCACUUCUGGCAAUAGAGAAUCCUGCAGUGAGGUCAGGGAGUUCGAAUAUCGUCCUAAGCCUAGUGUUUGCUCACACAAUAUUCCACCUGAAACAAGUUCAGAAGAGCUCUUGUUGCUUGCUAGACUUGUGCAAAUGCUAUUGUCUGAUUCACCAACCGAAGUAGAUAACUAUGGGUUAAGAUCAGCCGACGACUCGCUGAACCAAAUCGUUGAUGCACUUUUGGAUGGCACUUCAGCCCCUUCGACCACUAUCAAUUUGCUUGUACAAGAACUUCUAAAGGACAAGCUGGGAGCAUGGCUUUCAUCGAAGUUCCAAAAGAACAAGUUAAGUCACUGCUCUUUGUCAAAGAAAGAACAAGGAGUCAUACACAUGAUUGCCGGACUGGGAUUUGAAUGGGCAUUGCAACCAAUUCUGAAUUCUGGAGUUAAUGUCAACUUCCGCGACUUUCGUGGAUGGACUGCACUUCAUUGGGCUGCUCGAUUCGGGAGGGAAAAGAUGGUCGCAGCUCUAAUUGCAUCUGGCGCAUCUGCCGGAGCUCUUACAGACCCAAACUCACAGGACCUAACCGGUAAAACUCCGGCAUCAAUAGCUUCCAUCAGCGGCCACAAAGGACUUGCCGGUUAUCUUUCAGAAGUUGCGCUUACAAGUCACCUCUCAUCCCUAACAAUGGCGGAAACCGAGUUAUCGAAAGGAUCUGCUGCCGUGGAAGCAGAAAGAACUGUGAAUAGUUUAUCACAUGCUAGCUCCUCCAUUGACGCGGAUCAUGUUUCUCUUAAGCACACUCUGAAUGCAGUUCGGAACGCUACUCAAGCUGCUGCUCGUAUACAAUCUGCAUUCCGGGCUCACUCUUUCCUGAAGAGGCAACAGAAGGAAGCUGCAGCGACUAUUGGCGGUGCUAGUGGAGAUAAUUAUGGUAUAUUGGAAAGCGACAUUCUUGGUUUUUCGACUGCGCCGAAACCACCAUUCCGGACUCCACGUGAACACAAUGUAGCUAAUGUAGCGGCUUUGUCCAUUCAGAAGAAGUACAGAGGCUGGAAAGGUCGGAAGGAUUUCCUUUCGUUACGCCAGAAAGUUGUUAAGAUUCAGGCUCACGUGAGAGGCUAUCAAGUUAGGAAGAACUAUAAAGUUUGCUGGGCAGUCGGUAUACUGGAGAAGGUCGUGCUGAGGUGGCGCCGGCGAGGGGUAGGCCUGCGUGGAUUUAGACAGGAGUCGGAAUCAGUUGAUGAAAUUGAAGACGAAGACAUUCUCAAGGUGUUUCGUAAGACAAAUGUGGAUGUUGCUAUCGACGAGGCAGUAUCGAGAGUGUUGUCUAUGGUCGAAUCCCCCAAGGCCCGCCAGCAAUACCAACGUCUUCUUGAAAAAUAUCGUCAAGCUAAGGCUGAGCUGAAAUACUCGGAGUCGGAUACUCCGACGAUGUCGAAUUCUUCGUCGUCUUACCAUAUCCCUUAUUGACUGAAGAUCGACAGGUACAAACUAAUGGCUUUGUAUUAUUUUGGGUUUCAUUUCAUUUUCAGCAUUAUAGGGUUAAUUAAGUUGAAGUACAUGUUGGUUAUAUAUGUGUUUGUGUAUAUUUAAUGUUUGUGAUGCUAGUGGUUAGGGAGGGUGGAUUUAGAGGAAAUUCUGAGCUCUAACUAAAAAUGGUGGUAUUGUUGAUUGAUUAGAAAUAUAUGCACAUGUCUUAUGUGUGUUUGCUGUUU